UGAGAUAGCUAUAAAAAUUGGUGGUUCUUUUAGGUUAUGUGUUUUUAUUUUUAAUAUAAUAUAAAUAUGAAAAGAAUUAGAAACGGCAAUAAAAAAAUUUUGCUGAAAAAGUACAUAUCCAAUAUCCAUAGAAAUUUUAAUACAAUUGUGAGUAUCGUAGUAAUGUGACUCUAUCUUGUGUCGUGAAACUGAUAAACCUACGGAAUUACCGGCAACCUCAAUAUGAAUUCUAACGAAGAAAUUCUCUCCUUCAUGGAUUUACUGGAUUUGGACGAGGAGGUAAUAGAUAUAAGAGCUAAAAACUUAAUGGAAAAAAGCACCUUAACCUCUCAGCAUCUAAAUAACUUCAUACAUUUACUCCAAUAUAAACAACUGAUAAAUAUUCGCGAGAACAGCGAAUGUGACAAUGAGGCAGAAUACCACUUCGUUGGCAAACUCCUAGCCAACGUAAAUGACCAAAAUGUUGGGGCCGUAUGUAAAAUUAUCACCACUGUUCUUUCUUUAAAUCCAAGCACUGUUAAAUUCAAAUCUGAACAUUUGAUUCAACAAAUACUCGCAGAAAUAUAUUUGCCUACACAUACAAAUGUUAUAAGCUCCGAUAUGGAAGUAGAAAAGCUUAAGACGACGUUGCUACACCUGAAAAUAUGUGGAAGUAUUUUGGAUGCAAAUGAAAAAAGUAAUACUAAAUUGUCUUUACCAUUUCUUAGUACGCCUUUAGAACAUAUUGUAUGCAGUAAAGAUGAAAAAGUUUCUACAUAUUUCUUAACAAAUACUGUGCCUCGGUUUUUUUCAAUUAUAGGAGGAUAUAAUAUACUUGACAGAAUAUGGAACUUUCUUAAAGAAUUAACAGAUGAGAAAGAAAUGAUUGCUCUUAAGGUUAUAUGCAGCUUGUCCAAUUACUAUUUACCUGUGGACUCUGGCACUACUUUAGAAUCUCACAUAAUUUUUGAAAGCAAAUUUUGGGAUUUCAUAUUACUUGGAUUAAGUUCUGAAGAUGCAUUUGCAAGAAAGCAAUCAAUAUAUUUAGCAAAAAGAGCCAUAGAUUACAUAAUGAACAACAAAAAGAAUGUAAUUGUAACAUCCAAAAGUCAAUUUGUAUGGAAUAACAAAAAUAAUGCAAAUUUGAAAAAAAUGUGGGACAACUUCUUUGUACUGAUAGAAAGUUUAGAAGAAAAACAGAGUAAUAUUGUACUACCCUCAUUAAAAUUAUUUGAGCUUGUAACAGAUAUUGGCCGCUGCUGGUUGAAUUGUGCAUUUAAGAUUGGCCUCAAACAUGACAACACUCAAGUCAAAUUGAAGUGCUUGCAUUAUCACCUUCAAUAUGGUGUACUCAAUCAAUCUGAGGGUAUAAUGAUAUUAAGAGCUAUUAAUGACAUAGGUCUUUUUGAUCAUGAAUACAAGUGUCUUAUGGACAAACUGAAUGAAGUACUUAAAGACAAUGCAACAUUGAUGAGAAUCUUAAAAACCCUACCUUUAGUUAAAUGGUCACCAGUGCCAUUGUACCAUGUUACUAAAAUCAUUACAUAUAUUGAUAGAUCACUGUCACUUGAAGAUCAAACAAUAUUGAUUGAUCUUAUUAGUGAUCUGUCUAAAAUACCUUGCAAUAAUGUUAUCAUAAGAAAAUGUGUAAACAUUAACUUAUCACAUCUAAUUGGAAAAUGUGGUAAAAAUCUAAAUUGGCGAAAAUACAUUCCUGUUUACUCAUAUUUACAACUUGAUUAUCUUAAAAAAACAAAGGAUUUAUUAGUUGAAAAUCCAUUUGAAAAUAUGAUAAGGAAUGACAUUGUUGUCCCCCAAGAGGACAUGGUUGAAUUUUUCAAGCUCACAUCAAUAUCACACACUAAUAUAGAUUUUGCUUUAUUAUACUUUGAAGAACAUAAUGAUAUAGAUUUCUUAGAGUUUAUUGAUGGAAUCAUACAUAGAAUUGAAGAUAUCAGUAAAAGGCAAUACUGUGAUAAGGCAGAAUGUUUAAAAGAUGUUAUAUUUGUGGUACAUUUGUACAAUAAAUCGUUACAGAAGCAUGGUGGUAUUUAUGAUAAAAUAAAUCACAGUGCAACUAAACAUUUGAAAAUAUUGCUGCAAUAUAUUAUGAGUAUGAUGAUCAGUGAUGUAAUUUUUGAUAUUGAAAAUAUAACAUGUUUGUUUGAAAAUUUGGAUCAAGUAGUGGCUGAAAUAUCAAAUGUCAAUGAAAUAGAAAUCAUAUCAGGACUGUACAAAUCAAGUGUACUGUGUUUAAAAGAUGAGAAUACAAUUGUAGACAAAAAGGUUUUAAGUAUUUAUAUUUUAUGUAAUUCAUUGAUAUCUCCAUUGAUGUUGAAGACCUACAAGCAAGAACUAUUAGAUAUCAAAAAUAUUAUGGAAGUUAUUCUAAAUGUCAAAUUUAUUGGAAAUUUAAAUAAAGAUGAUAGCGGAAGAUUAAGAAACGCUUUUUAUGAGAAAUCGUGUGAAAUCGUUAACAUUUGGUUGAACACAGACAAUUCGCAAGUGAAUAAUAUUUUAGGUUUUAUUGAAGUGGUAAUUGAAAGUGGAGGAUAUGGUUGCUUAAAAUGGAUCCUUAGGAUCAUGAAUAAAAUAUUACCUACAAUACUAGAUGAUAAAAAUAAUAAAUUUGAUGUAAUACAAUUUUUAACCAGAAUGUGGUCAGAAAUAGAAGAAUUAAAAUCUAAUAGCCAAUAUCCAAUUUGUAUGAAAGAAUUUGUGACUUUAAUCACUCAGGAAACAUUGUUAGAAAAGUCGAUGUAUAACAACAUUUUACUAAUGUACUGCAGUAAAAUUAUAGAGUAUGCUGCUGUUAAAAAUAUGCCAUUAUAUCUUUUGGCUAACCAACUUAACAAAAUAAAUAUAUCUGAAUAUAGUCACAUGGUUUAUGUUUUAAGCGAAAUCUUAUUGAAUCCAGUAGUUGCAAGGAAAGAGAACAGGAUAGUAGAAAAUGUGUUGCUUGAAAUUUUACGAGAACCAAUUUAUGGAGCAGACAAACACAGUAUUUAUUUUAACUCGCACAUACAGUUUUUGGCUGUAUCAAUACUGAGUAAAAUUUCAGAUCCAACAGUACUGAACUCUGUAAUAUAUUUUAUGACUAAGAAGAUAGACGAAUUGUUCAAAAACAAACUGAGAUACCACAGCAAUUCACAUCUCCAAAGGACUUUGCAGGCCUGCAUCCAAAACCUGCUGUUCAUUUUACUGAAAUCUAGGAAUGUGAAUUUUCAAAGUACAGCUUUGUGGUGUAUGGCAUUCCUGGGCAGAAUACCACAUCAGCCUUUUGAAAGAACAUGCCUUGAAUGGUACAUAUCGCUUUAUUUUUAUUUGAAGGAAUCCUUCAUAAAUCAUGAAGUUCAAAAUCAAUUGAAAUCAAACAAUAUACCCCUUUCAUCACAAUUCACAAUAAUGUACUGGAUUGUGAUACACAAAUUAAAAGAUGGUAUUUGCCUCCAAGAAGAAUAUGAAUUUUUGAUGGAUCUUCUCUUGUCCCAUAUUAUGGGCCCAGUUUUUAGUAUACGAUUGCAAGCGCAGUAUCUAUCUUCUAGGAUUUUUGAAGCAAAUGAAAUAUCCGUGAAUAAAUUAGAUAACUCACAGUACGCGUAUAUGAUUAAAGUUAUAAAUGGCACAUUACAAGAAAUUGCAAAAGCAGAUGACAAAAGUUUUAAGAGACUUAAAAAUGAUUAUUUUAUAGGUGAAUUUGAUAUAAUUGAAGAUUUAAUACCCUGUGAAAUAUAUUGGGGUUUGCCUCAACUAGUUGCUGCAUUAAGUAAUAAUAUCAUAGAAGAUGAUUUUCUAAGAAAUAUACUUAAUGAAAUUGAAAGCAAUCUUAAUUUAGAUGAAAAUGAUAAGUUUCAUAAUGAAUGGAAAGAAAAGCGAAGAAAAACUUCAGAUGCACUUCAAUUUAAGGCUAGAAAUAAAACUAUAAAUAAAGAAGUUGAGAGUUUAGAAGAAACGGGAACAAUACAGAAGAAAUAUGUGCCUUGGAAGAAUAUGAGCGACGUUGAUGUAUAUGAUAAUGAGACAAAAAGCAACAAAACAGAACUAAUAGUAGUGGCAUCUCUCAUCGCCAAGCUGCCCAACUUGGGAGGCAUGGCGCGCACCAGCGAGGUGUUUGGCGUACGCGCUUACGUCGUGGACAGUCUCAGGCAUUUGCAGGACAAACAGUUCCAAGGACUAAGUGUGUCGGCCGAGCGAUGGGUCCCCGUGGAGGAGGUUCGGCCGGCGCAGCUCAAGGAUUACCUGACGAUGAAGAAGUCCGCAGGCUACUCUGUGGUGGCGGCUGAACAGACGUCCACCAGCAUAAAGCUCCAAAACUUCAAGUUCCCCAACAAAACUCUCUUGUUGCUGGGGAAUGAAAAGGAAGGAGUUCCGUGCGAUCUCCUGCCGUUAAUGGAUCACUGCGUGGAAAUACCGCAGCAAGGGGUCAUCCGCUCGCUGAACGUGCACGUCACUGCUGCGAUCUUCAUAUGGGAGUACGCCAGACAGAAUAUGUUGUAAAUAAUUAUAUUUAAUUAUGAAAUUAAAUUGUUUUCAUAUA